CGGAAGAGGUGGGGUUUCGAGGGAGCAGCAUGGUGCGUGCGAACAGCAUGGCAAAAGUGCAUACCGAUAUGAGAGAGAUGGAAACUAAACCGACUCGAAGAGAGCUGAGCGACACUAAAGGCAUUCUGAAGCAGAAUCGCGAAUUCCUCGACUUCUUUUGGGAUAUUGCAAAACCAGAUCAGGAUACCAGAGUGACCGCAAUCGAGAAUCUUGUCCGUUACCUGCGGGAAAGCAAGAAGGAUGACGAGCUGAAAUAUACUUUGAAACGACUGGUGGAAGGACUAGCUGCGACCCGAGAGGCUUCUCGUCCAGGAUUCAGCCUAGCUUUGUCACAGGUGCUGCAAACAUUUGAAGAGAUUCCGCUUCAGACAGUUCUAGACCAGAUAAAGGAAAGGCACAAUCUACAGAAAGCAAGUAAGAAGCAGAAAAGAAAUGCUGCAUUUGGAAAUCUAUUUGGAGUGUUGGCGUUGUCUCAAUCUGGACGUCUUUCAAAGGAGCCCAGGGUGAUUUUAGAGGCAGUUCAGCUUCUGCAGUCUCUUGCUGCUUUCAGGAUGCAUGUCAAAGAUUUGCCCCAGAAAACAAUAGUGGACAUUUUAACAGAGACUCCUGAAGCUGUGUUUGAAGAAGUGCUAUUUGAUGCUCUGCAAAAUGACUUGACGUCUGCAUUCAGCACCCCAGAACAGUUACACCUCCUCCUAGUGGCCAUGCAAAAAUUUCCUGCAGUCUUGAAAUCAAAGAAGAUGAAGAAACUGCUGGGAUCCUCCAAAGUGGUCACCAAGGAAAAUUUAUCCAAGCUGACUGAAAUAUUGAAGACUGCUGCAAAGUCUGUGAAAAAGGACAAUAUGUUGCCUCCAGUUGCCCGGGAUUUAAUGCGGGUGGCUGUCCAAGAAGAGUCCUUUGAAAUAUUCUGGGAUGAAGUGGUGAUCAAUAAACUUCUGAAGGAUCAGGCAGCACCUUGCAGUUUCCUGUGCUACCGUCUCCUUGGUAGUGCCCUGCCCCUCCUGUCACUAGGGCAGAUAGGCUAUGUUCUUAGAGGCGACGUCUUAAAGCACUAUGGGGCACAUGUUGUAUCAGCACAGGUCCCAGCUAAGUUCAAAUUUGCUCCAGAGAUGCAGCAAUAUGUUUCUUCUUUCCUUGAGUCCUGCUGUGAUCCAGACAAGCAGUUUGCAGUCAUCACAGGCUUUACUUGCCUGACUAACCAUGGAAAUCCAGUAGUGCCAAGUAUGUGGACUGUGGUUCAAAACCUACAACCAUCAGUUGUAUUACGCUAUGUAGACUGGCUCAAGGACAUGUUCUGCUGCCCCAAGAUGGAUCUGUGUCUAGAUUUUAGUACUAAACGACAGCAGGAGAAUUUUGAUGGCAAGAACUGGAGUAAGAAUUGUGUUCAACGUCUGCGCCAGUGGAUCAUUGCACGCCUUGCAUCUAUAGCUGAAAAUCCUCAGGUGAAGAAGGAGGAGGAUCUUGUUAUGGGCAUAGCCAGGUUUAUCUUUUUCCAUUCAUUCUUUGAUUCCAAGAAACCCACCAUCAAGAUUCCAGAGACACAGUCUCAACUGUCAGUGCCACUAGAUGAUUCCAUGCGGAAUGUGAUUGGCAGCUCUUUCUUUGGACUUCUACUGCAGCUCAGCCAUCUCCCUGUAAUAGGCGAAUCCCCAGAGGCAGCCAGCUUGAAUGAGAAACAUAUCCGUGGUGUCACCUCUAAUGGCUCCUUGUGGAUUUCUUGCCUUGUCCAAUAUGCUGAUCGUUUACUGAAUGCAAGUGUGCAAGUCCAUCAAGUCCGGCCUUUCACUGAGGAACAGAGAAGUGCUUGGAAUAGGGUACUGGAAUCUGUAGAAGAUCUUCGUAAGAAGGGGAACAAGACUCACAGUGCAGAGACAAUGGCAUUUCAACAACUUUUCUUGCUAUUAGGCAUAAAUUUGUUCAAGGCCCCAGAAGAGAGCCUGGACUUGUUGGAGGAUCUCCACAACUGCCUGGCUAAGUCACAACAGAAAAAACAGAAAAAGUCAGCGAAAGAGGACUCUGAGCCACAGUGGUUUGAUGUCUUGGUGGAUAUCCUACUGUCUCUGUUGUCUCAGCCCAGUCGACUUAUGAGAAAUGUUGCCAAUGUGGUCUUCAAGCAUAUUUGUCCUCAUGUUACGCAGAAGUCUUUGAACUCAAUCCUGCAAUUGCUGCAGCCGGAAAACAUUAAUGAUGAUGAGGAGGAGAGUGCUGUGGUUGUGGUGGAUGAGAAACAUUCAAUAAAGAAGAAGUCUACUAAGCAUAAAGGAGAAGAAGAGGAUGAGCAUAGUGAAAAUAAAAGCACCUCUUCAGAAGAUGACUCCGACAGUGAUGAGGAUGAGGAUGAAGAUGAUGAUCUGUCUGAGGAGGAGGGUGAGGUGGAUGAGAAUUUGCGCUUGGAACUGAUGAACGUCCUCAUGGGUCAAAGUGCUCUGGCAACAGAAGAGGACAAGAGCGAUGAGGAGGAGGUCAGUGAUGAAGCUAUGAUGCAACUGGAUGAAAGAAUCUCAGCCUUGUUUUCUGAACAGAAGAAGCGCCUGCAGGCCAAAAAAGAUGAGAAAGAAAGGAUGCGCAAGGAGAACACUUUGGUCAGAGACUUCAAAAUUAAGGUGCUGGAUCUCAUUGAAAUCUUUUUGAUGAAGCAGCAGGAAAGUCCAUUAGUAUUUGGUAUUAUUGAGCCCUUGCUGAGUGUUAUUGAAUACAGCAUGAACUCCGAGUCAGGCAAGCAGGAACAGGAUUUUCUCCGCAAGACUGCAGACAUUUUCAGGAAUAAACUGUGUAGAGCCAAACGAUAUUACAAAAAUGUGUCUGCCAUGAAAGAAGAGCUACAUGGCCUCAUGGAAAGGCUCCUGACCAGGACUCGGAAGCUUAAGGAAUCUUCUGUUGCUGCUUAUUAUUUCAGUGCUGUGCUAUAUCUGGUGCGUGUGCUGAAAGGAGGGCUUUGUGACGAUUCUGCCACGCCUGCUGUUGGGAAAUGCAAGAAGAAGCAUACAGAGGAUAAAGUGGAAGUAACACCAUCAAAGCAGGCCAUGGAUCUUGGCUGUCUGGACCUCACGCGAGUUUUGACUUUGUUUAGUGAUGCACUGAAGCACUUCAUGACUAAGAGGAAAAGCGUCUUCACUGGCAACAUGUUCAUGGACCUCUUUAUCCGCUUUCCUAUUAUCAGUGGUGCUCUACUAGAUACAACUAUGAAGUAUAUCACAGAAGGGGUUCGGUCGCACCAGCAGGGCCAAGCUUGUUCUCUGGUGCUCAAAGUUCUCCAAACACGGGAGGUCUGUCAGUCCUUGACUGAAGUUGCUUGGAGUGAUUUGAUUGAACAGGUGUUAGCUCAAGUUAUACAGUGCCUGAAGUCGAUAUCUGUAUUCCGAGUGAAAGUAGAUCACGAGAAAGUGGUUAAGUGUUUGGAGUUGACCCGAUUUCUCAUCACUACAAUCCAAAAACAGAAACUACCAAUCAGUCUGAAGGACAUCUUGCCUGUGUUACAGUCCCUGGACCAAUUGCAGGACUUUCACCGGUCUUUGCAACAAAGUGAUACGUACUGGAGUGUAAUGAAGCUAUUUGGCAUUUUUAAACCAAAAAAGGAAAAAGUGAAGGUUGCUGAGGAAGAACAGUCUAAACAGAACUCACAAAAGAAGAAAAAGAAAGGCUUUCUUCCAGACACGAAAAAACGCAAGAAUCGGAAGAAGCAGACUGUGGAGGAGGUAAAUAUGAUGUCUAAAUUGAGCACAGAGGAUGACAAAAUAACAGAGGAAGAUGGAAAGAAAAACAUCAGAAAACAAAAGAAAUCAAAGAGAAAAGCAUUAGAUGAACAAAGUGCUACUCCAUCUAAGAAGAUCAAAGGUACCAAUGAUAAGAAACACAGACAAAAGAAAGCAAAGCAGAAGCCUGGAAAUACCAAGUGAAAUAAACUGCCUUCCGAGUAAAUAUGCCGAAACUAAUUUUCUAUGAUACAGGUUCACUUUUACCAUUAUUGUCUAUUAUUUAAUAGAACUGAACUGUUCAAUGUAAUCUCUAUAUUUUAUUGAUAAAUGAUCAAUGUGUACAAAACACAA